AUGGCACUUCAGAAUAAAAUCCUUCAACUGAGCUGCAGGAGUGUUUUGGGAGAAGUGCUCAAUAAGAGUUUUGCCAGUAAUUCACGCGCGCUGUACAAAUCUGCGACCAGCGAGUCGCUCCGGAUCUGCCCGACCCGAGAAGAGACAUUCCCGGAGGGUGUGAUCACACCGGGGGCCAGGGCGGAGGUGGUAGCUAAGGACACCCGGAUCAAGAGUCUGAAGGAGAUGCCGGGACCAAGCUCCAUCAGCAACCUGAUCGAGUUCUUUUACCGGGACGGUUUCAGCAGAAUCCACGAAAUACAGGUAGGCUACUGGGUGUUUUUGCAACUAUGGGCACUUUUGGACAUUUUUUUGUGGCAUUUUCUUAGUUUCAUUUUGUCAGGAACCAUAAACUGGUAUUGGCUGGGACCAUUUUAUUCGACAAACUGAUUUUACUCGUUUUCCCACUUACUGCAGAUGUCAUUACAAUCACAUCAAACAUUUGGGUUUAAAACUGAAUGACAAUGGGUUUUUGGAUUAUUGUGUUUAUCUGUCUAUAGUAUUUUUAACUACCACAUUUAGAAAUAAUUAUUUUAAUCCAUAAAUAUGGGCCUGCGCUGGCUAAACUUGUAUAUCUGCAUAAAGGCCACUAUCAAAAAUGCAAUUUCUUGUUGAAAUUGUUAUAUAUUUAGAAUUUUUACAGUAGUUAUAUUGGGAAAAAGUAAGUGCUUUACACUUGGCGUGGACAGAAAUGUGAUAUGUAAUGUGUAGCCUGCAUAUUUUUUUAUUUAGAAAUCUGUGUAGAUUGUGUGGGUAAUGACAGGGUAAUGGGAAAUUGCAUUCAUCAUCCAGGCUCUGUCGUAGCCGGCUGCGACCGGGAGACCCACGGGGCGGCGCAUAAUUGGCUCUGCAUCGUCCAGGGUAGGGGAGGGAAUGGGCGGCAGGGAUGCUCAGUUGGUAGAGCAUGGCGUUUGCAAAGUCAGGGUUGUGGGUUCAUUCCCCACGUGGGGCCAGUAUGACAAAUAAAAUCAUGUAUGCACUCACUAACUGUAAGUCGCUCUGGAUAAGAGCGUCUGCUAAAUGACUAAAAUGUAAAAUGAUUGUUAAAAAUAAGUGGAUAUCAACAAUAUCAUUGAUUGCUAUAUAGACAGUAAAAUGUCAUUUAUUGAGCAAGGGGUAUACCCACUUUAUACCAAAGAUAUACAAAAAGUACUUUCUGAUGGUAAUAACCUGUAAAUCAUCAUGACACAUUGUUUUGUUGAAUGACAAUUUGCUAAAAAAAAUUCUGCCUGGACUCGGGGGUAGGUGUCAAAUAGCAAACAUUCGUAUGGUUUUGUUAAGAAUUUCAAUUGGUAGAAAAUGUUAUGAAUUCGCAAAACGUAUGAUAAGUUACGAAUUCCAAUUUGUACCAAACUCAUGGGCGGCGCACAAUUGGCCCAGCGUCGUCCAGGGUAGGGGAGGGAAUGGCCGGCAGGGAUGUAGCUCAGUUGGUAGAGCAUGGCGUUUGCAACGCCAGGGUUAUGGGUUCGAUUCCCACGGGGGGCGAGGAUUAAAAAAAAUAUAUAUAUAAAUAUAUGUAUUCACUAACUGUAAGUCGCUCUGGAUAAGAGCGUCCGCUAAAUGACUAAAAUUUAAAUGUAAAAUGUGUGUUAUGGCUAACGUUAGCUAGGUCGUUAGCUAGGCUAGGGGUUUAGAGUUAGGUUAAGCUUAGGGGAAGGGUUAGCUAAACAUGCAAAGUAGCUCAAACGUAGUAAGCAGUCUCUAAAAAGCUGUCCAUGAUGAGAUCAGAACACGCAACCUUUGUGUUUGCGAGACGUUCGCGUUAUAGGGCCCACACAUCCAUAUGCGUCUUUUACUGCUCAAAACAUCCCACAUUCGGUUUGCUUUUGCGUAACUGGGUGCAUGAGUAGACCGACUGCUGCCGGAGUCCAGACAGGCAACUCUAGCUGAGGACACAUUGCCUGGUGUAGUAUUAAUUACCCUUUACCCCCCGUUGCAUAAGCAACACUCCUUCCUCCUUGUCCCGCCGGGUUCACCUGAGGUUUCCCUGUCUGUCUAGACCUGAAGGAAAACCUCAGGAAAUAAUAAUAAGCCAUUUAGCAGACGCUUUUAUCCUAAGCUACUUACAGUCAUGUGUGCAUACACUUUUACGUUAUGGGUGGUCCCGGGGAUCGAACCCACUACCCCUGGCGUUACAAGCGCCGUGCUCUACCACUUGAGCUACAAAUCAGCUACUAUGACUCACUGUUGAAGAAGCCAGCACAUUAUUACCCGGUAGUCAAUAGGGAAAACGUGUCUUCUUGUAUAGCUGUUGACUACACUGUGACUGCACAUUUGUUUUUUUCUGUCGAGUACAAUUCAUGUACUUCAGUUCAGUCUACUGAAGAAGAAGCCGGAUACCUGGUCAAUAACACAACCUGGCUGCUGUAGGCAUUACAGGUUGACAGUGCGCAUAGUUUUGGUGAAAAGAGACUUUCUUUAGAGUGCUCGCCGUGUGCUGAAUGAAUGGAAAAUGCCCAUAGUACGUAAUACAACUGCCUUCAACAUGAGAACAGUUGUUUUUCGGGCACCUCCUUUGGGGGGGCAUUUGUGCUUGAGCUUGAGGACAAAGCUGUGCGUCUCAGUGCCCCUCCUUCCCCCCCUCGACUCAAGUCUCUGAUGAUCUGAAGAACAUUUGAAUAGCUAAUCAGAAGUACCGUGGGGAGGCGUUGCAUAACCAUCACCAUGUUAGGGUAAGGGACAGGGUUAGGUUAGGGAAAUGGUGUCAGGAAAAGAGUCACAUUUUACAUCUAUUGUUCCGCACAGAGAUAGAGAGAUAGAGAGAGAGAACAUAGAGUGAAAGAUUAGUUUAGUGUGACUGUGACUAUUUCUGAAUGUAGCCUAAUAACAACUGCCUGUCUAUAUCUUCAUAGCCUGGUCCCAGAUCUCGUUGUGCUGUAUAGCCAAAUUCCUGUUUCCAAACUCUGUGAGAUAGAGAGAUAGGGAUGAGGUUUAGUUUAGUGACUCUAGAUCAAAACACAGGCAUCACAUUCUAUAGGCUUGAACCCCCAAAACAGCAACCCAAGACAGUGUCCACAGAAACCCCAGACAGUGUUCACAGAAACAUCAGACAGUGUUCACAGACACCCCAGACAGUGUUCACAGGAACCCCAGACAGCGUUCACAGCAACCCCAGACAGUAUUCACAUCACCCCGGACAGUAAUGAAAUCUACCCCGGACAGUGUUGACAGCAACCCCAGACAGUGUUGACAGCAACCCCAGACAGUGUUGACAGCAACCCCAGAUAGUGUUGACAGCGACCCCAGACAGUGUUCACAGCGACCCCAGAUAGUGUUCACAGCAACCCCAGACAGUGUUCACAGCAACCCCAGACAGUAUUCACAGCAACCCCAGACAGUGUUCACAGCAACCCCAGACAGUAUUCACAGCAACCCCAGACAGUGUUCACAGCAACCCCAGACAGUAUUCACAUCACCCCGGACAGUAAUGAAAUCUACCCCGGACAGUGUUGACAUCAACCCCAGACAGUGUUGACAUCAACCCCAGACAGUGUUCACAGCAACCCCAGACAGCGUUCACAUCACCCCGGACAGUAAUGAAAUCUACCCCGGACAGUGUUGACAUCAACCCCAGACAGUGUUGACAUCAACCCCAGACAGUGUUGACAGUAACCCUAGACAGUGUUGACAGCACCCCAUACAGUGUUGACAGCAACCCCAGACAGUGUUGACAGCAACCCCAGACAGUGUUCACAGCAACUCCAAACAGUGUUCACAGCAACGCCAGACAGUGUUCACAUCAACCUCAGACAGUGUUCACAGCAACCCCAGACAGAGUAUUGACAUCAACCCCAGACAGUGUAUUGACAUCAACCCCAGAGAGUGUAUUGACAUCAACCCCAGACAGUGUUGACAGCAACCCCAAAUAGUGUUGACAGCAACCCCAGACAGUGUCCACAGAAACCCCAGACAGUGUUCACAGCAACCCCAGACAGUGUUCACAGCAACCCCAGACAGUGUUCACAGCAACCCUAGACAGUGUUCACAGCAACCCUAGACAGUGUUCACAGCAACCCUAGACAGUGUUCACAGCAACCCUAGACAGUUUGUUAUAGACAGUGUUCACAGCAACCCCAGACAGUGUUCACAGCAACCCUAGACAGUGUUCACAGCAACUCUAGACAGUGUUCACAGCAACCCUAGACAGUUUGUUAUAGACAGUGUUCACAGCAACCCCAGACAGUGUUCACAGCAACCCUAGACAGUGUUCACAGCAACCCUAGACAGUGUUCACAGCAACUCUAGACAGUGUUCACAGCAACCCUAGACAGUGUUCACAGCAACCCUAGACAGUGUGUUUCUUCCUCCUCUAGGACACAGAGAAUGAAAACAAGACUGCAUGCAGAGACAGAAAGGUGUUGAAUUCCAUAUUAUUUUCCAGAGAGAGAAUUUGACUAAUUACAUUACAUAGUAAUAAUAAUCUAUGUAUUGUUUAUUAUAAACACCAGAUGGGUCUCAGUGUCUCUCCUCCUGUAAUAUAAAAGUUCCUCUCUCUCUCUCUCUGUGUCUCUCUGUGUCUCUCUCUCUCUCUGUGUCUCUCUCUCUCUCUGUGUCUCUGUCUCUGUCUCUCUCUCUCUCUCUCUCUCUCUCUCUCUCUCUCUCUCUCUCUCUCUCUCUCUCUCUCUCUCUCUCUCUCUCUCUCUCUCUCUCUCUCUCUCCAGAUGGAACACUCUCAGAAGUAUGGGAAGAUCUUUAAGUCUCGUUUCGGCCCCCAACUGGUUGUGUCUAUCGCAGGGCGGGAUCUGGUGGCCGAGGUGCUGAGGAUGGAGGGUGUGGCCCCGCAGAGAGGCAACAUGGAGUCCUGGAAGGAGUACCGAGACUUGAGGGGCCGAUCUACCGGACUUAUCUCAGCGUGAGUCUGACCUCUGAACUACGACCUGUGACAUCAUGGGACGCAACAUUUUAUACCCCUGAAAGGAGGGAAAGAUAGAAAUGAUUCACGCAGAGAAGUAGUAUCGACUUCAGUUAGUUGUAAUGAAUCUUUUGCAUAAAAUCAUCAACAAUGUACAUAGGUACAAAACAGAAUGUUUCACAAGUGCCCAAUAUCUCUUUCUCAGAGUUCCAUAGCUCGUACAUAUUGUUCAAUUAACCAGUAAUGUCUCAGUUGAUUCUUAUUUAUUCACUAUUUUAAAACUUGAGUCUAUGAAUUCAUUGACAGAACCCUUUUUAACCUUUUUAAAUGCAUCACAUAUUCUUCGAUUUAUCAUCACCGUAAAAUAUCCUUGUAUUUAUAUUUAUUUAUUUUUUACAUUUACAUCAUUUAGCAGACGCUCUUAUCCAGAGCGACUUACAAAUUAUCUAUUUAUUACAGAUUUAUUCAUUGUUAUCCUUAUAUGAACUAAUUUUAAUUAACUAAGAAAACAUUUCUGACCUUUUAUUAAUUAGUCAUUUAAAUUACAACAACAUUAUAUGAGGUUGGGACCUGCUCAUACCCUCCUGAUUCCGGGGAUCUUCCAACCGGGAUUUCUGGAAAACCUUGUUGUCUCUGACCUCCUCCUCCGCCUUUCUCUCUGUAGGGAGGGUGAGGACUGGUUGAAGAUGCGUAGCGUCCUCCGCCAGCUGAUCAUGAGACCGAAGGACGUGGCUCAGUUCUCUGACGAUGUGAACGCUGUGGUGGGUGACCUGGUGAAGAGAGUGGAUACGCUGAGGAGCCAACAGACAGACGGACUCACCGUACUGAAUAUUAACGAUCUGUUCUUCAAAUACGCAAUGGAAGGUGGGUAGUGGGAGGAUGGGUAGUGGGAGGAUGGGUAGUGGGAGGAUGGGUAGUGGGAGGAUGGGUAGUGGGAGGAGUGGGUAGGGAGGAGGAGUGGGUAGGUGGGUACGAGGGAGGAUGGGGAGGUGGGAGGAUGGGUAGUGGGAGGUGGGUAGGGGAGGAGGGGUAGUGGGGGAGGGGAGGGGAGGGGGGGAUGGUGGGAGGAGGGUGGGGAGGGGGGUAGUGGGAGGGGGGGGUGGGUAGUGGGAGGAGGGUAUGGGAGGGUGGUAGUGGGAGGAGGUGGGGGGUAGUGGAGGAGGGAUGGGUAGUGGGUAGGGGAGGAGGGUAGUGGAAGGGAAGGGAGGGUAGGGAGGAUGGGUGUGGAGGUGGGUGGGGAGGAUGGGUGGGAGGAUGGGAUGGGGACAGGAGGAUGGGUAGUGGAGGAUGGAGGGAGGAUUGGGGGAGGGUGGGUCGGAGGGUGGGAUGGGGUAGGGGGGAUGGGGGUGGGGGAGGGGUAGGGCGAGGAUGGGUAGUGGGAAGGGGAGGUGGGUAGUGGGAGGAUGGGUAGUGGGAGGAUGGGUAGUGGGUACAGGGUGGGAGUGGGAGGAUGGUAGUGGGGAGGAGGGUGGGAGUGUGGGAGGAGUGGGUAGGGGAGGAGUGGGUAGUGGGAGGAUGGGGUAGUGGGAGGAUGGGUAGUGGGGUGGGUAGGGAGGGGGUAGUGGGAGAGGAGUGGGGUGGUAGGGUGGGAUGGGAUGGUAGUGGGGAUGGGUGGGUACAGGGAGGAUGGGUAUGGGAGGAUGGGUAGUGGACAGGGAGGAUGGGUAGUGGGAGUAGGGAGGAUGGGUAGUGGGAGGAGUGGGGGUGGGUAGUGGGAGGAUGGGUAGUGGGUAGGGAGUGGGUAGUGGGAGGAGGGGUAGUGGGAGGAGGGUAGUGGUGAGGUGGGGAGGAUGGGUAGUGGGAGGAUGGGUAGUGGGAGGAUGGGUAGUGGGAGGAUGGGUGGUCGUGGGAGGAUGGGUGGUAGUGGGUAACAGGGAGGAUGGGUAGUGGGAGGAGGAUGGGUAGUGGGAGGAUGGGUUGGGAGGAUGGGUAGUGGGAGGAGGGUAGUGGGAGGAUGGGUAGUGGAGGAUGGGUAAGGAGAGGGGAGGGUAGGUGGGCGGAUGGGUACAGGGAGGGUGGGUGGUAGUGGAGGAUGGGUAGUGGGAGGAUGGGUAGUGGGUACAGGGAGGAUGGGUAGUGGGUACGGGUGUGGCAGCCAUCAUUUCCAAUUGCUAAGCUAAUAAACCCCAACUUUCUCGUGAUCUUGAUCUUCCUCCUCUUCCAGGUAUGGCGGCCAUCUUGUACGAGGACCGUCUGGGCUGCUUGGAGAAUGAGAUUCCUCAGAAGAGCCAGGACUACAUCGCAGCCCUGCACCUGAUGUUUAGUUCCUUUAAGAUGACCAUGUACGCUGGAGCCAUCCCCAAGUGGCUCAGAACCAUCAUCCCCAGACCCUGGGAGGAGUUCUGCAGCUCCUGGGACGGACUGUUCAGUUUCAGUAAGUUUCGGGUGACGCUGCAUUCCCAUGGUGAUUUACCCCGGUGUUUUGACCAACAACAACAACAACAAAAAGGCCUCAGGCUCUUGUGUUUCUGUAACUCGUCGGACAGACUCUUUUAGUUUCAGUGAGUGUUGUCACUGUGAAGUUGCCUCUAGACCAGGGGGUUUUCCCCCAAACUCGGUCCUAGGGGACCCCAAGAGGUGCACAUUUAGUUUUUGCCCUAGCACUACACGGCUGAUUCAAAUAAUCAACUCAUCAAGUUUUGAUUAUUUGAAUAAAACUGUGUAGUGCUAGUGGAGAAAAACCAAACUUGCACCCCUUGGGGUCCCCCAGGACCGAGUUUGGGAAAUGCUGGUCUGUACUCUGAUCUUGGGUCCGUUUUGCAUUUUUCCCCACUAACGGUUUAAGGUUAGGAUUUGGAGAGGGGAAGCUGAUCCUAGAUCUUUAUCUAUGGGAAACUUUACCCUGGAACAGGAGGACUACCGGUUUCUCGGCUUGCACAAUUCCCAUAAACCUUCCCAAAGUUACCAGGUCUUUCAGAAAUCCUGAUUUGGAGGAGUGCUGGAAUUAGUAUACACAGGAAGGGAAUCCACCUGCUUUAUGAAGGUUUCUGUAAUUGUGCAAACCCCCUAGCUGUUUAACACUACUGAGCUAGGCCUUGUCUAUACACUGCUAUAGUUACUGGACCUGUGCCGAAAAAGGACCGGGUCAAAAGAAAAACAGUUCAGGUCAACAUCACAGCAUGUGAAAAGGAAUAGAGAGAGAGAGAGGUUGAACAGGGUUGGGAGUGAACGUGGCUCUUUAUGUAAAGAGAUGGCCUCUCUCUCUCCAGACCAGCUGGCCUCUCUCUCUCCAGACCAGAUGGCCUCUCUCUCUCCAGACCAGCUGGCCUCUCUCUCUCCAGACCAGCUGGCCUCUCUCUCUCCAGACCAGAUGGCCUCUCUCUCUCCAGACCAGCUGGCCUCUCUCUCUCCAGACCAGCUGGCCUCUCUCUCUCCAGACCAGAUGGCCUCUCUCUCUCCAGACCAGAUGGCCUCUCUCUCUCCAGACCAGAUGGCCUCUCUCUCUCCAGACCAGCUGGAAGCUUAUGUAAUGCCGGAUCCAGUUUCAGGGGGACUGGAGGGGGGCAGAGAGACAGACCCAUGUUACGUUCAAAAACCGAAACAGACAUGUAGUGCAAUCCCAUCACUAGGUGUCUAAUGUGUUGAUGACUGCAGCAACAGUCAUUGAAGUGUAAGGACUAUUAAAAUAUAUAUAUACAUAUUAAACUAAGACCCUUGCCUUUCGUGAACUAAACGCUAGUCUUGUCCUUCUAUCUCGGACUGCUGAUAGCUACUUCAUUGAGGAAAAAUGUCUCACCUACGCUCUUAGAAAAAAAGGUGGCAUCUAGAACCUCAAAUGGUUCUUCAUCCCUCCCCAUAGGAGAACCCUUUGUAGAACCAUUUACAUUUAAGUCAUUUAGCAGACGCUCUUAUCCAGAGCGACUUACAGUUAGUGAGUGCAUACAACAUUUUGUAUUUAUUUUUUCAUACUGGCCCCCCCGUGGGAAACGAACCCACAACCCUGGCGUUGCAAACGCCAUGCUCUACCAACUGAGCUACAUCCCUUCCAGCCAUUCCCUCCCCUACCAUGGACGACGCUGGGCCAAUUGCGCGACGCCCCCCGUGGGUCUCCCGGUCGCGGCCGGCUGUGACAGAGCCUGGAUUCGAACCAGGAUCUCUAGUGGCACAGCUAGCACUGCGAUGCAGCGCCUUAGACCACUGCGCCGUUUUGGUUCCAGGUAGAACCCAUGUGGGUUCCAUGUUGGACCCUUUCCACAGAGGGUUCUACCUGGAACCAAAAAGGGUUCUCCUAUAGGGACGGCCGAAGAACCCUUUUGAAACCCUUUUUUUUCUAAGAGUGUAUCAAUCUUAGAUGAAUGUACUAACUGUAAGUCGCUCUGGAUAUGAGUGUCUGCUAAAUGACUAGAAUGUGAAUAAAUGCAUGUAACCCUAUACUGCUGUUGUGGACUAGAGAUGAAUAUUUUCCUUAAAUGUCCACGUUAUGUUACCAUAACCCUCUCAACCAUCCUAUCCUCUCCCUCUCUCCCCCCCCAGGCCAGAUCCAUGUAGAUAAGCGUCUGGGGGAGAUCCAGGAUCUGGUGUCCCGAGGAGAGGAGGUGAAGGGGGGGCUUUUGACUCACAUGCUGGUGACCAGAGAGAUGAACCUGGAGGAGAUCUACGCUAACAUGACUGAGAUGUUGCUGGCUGGGGUAGACACGGUGAGCAGUAGGGGUGGAGGAGGGGAGAGGGUGAUGUUGCUGGUGGGGUGGACACGGUGAGCAGUAGGGGAGAGGGUGAUGUUGCUGGUGGGGUGGACACGGUGAGCAGUAGGGGUGGAGUAGGGGAGAGAGUGAUGUUGCUGGUGGGGUGGACACGGUGAGCAGUAGGGGAGAGGGUGAUGUUGCUGGUGGGGUGGACACGGUGAGCAGUAGGGGAGAGGGUGAUGUUGCUGGCUGGGGUGGACACGGUGAGCAGUAGGGGAGAGAGUGAUGUUGCUGGCUGGGGUGGACACGGUGAGCAGUAGGGGUGGAGGAGGGGAGAGGGUGAUGUUGCUGGUGGGGUGGACACGGUGAGCAGUAGGGGUGGAGGAGGGGAGAGGGUGAUGUUGCUGGUGGGGUGGACACGGUGAGCAGUAGGGGAGAGGGUGAUGUUGCUGGUGGGGUGGACACGGUGAGCAGUAGGGGUGGAGUAGGGGAGAGGGUGAUGUUGCUGGUGGGGUGGACACGGUGAGCAGUAGGGGUGGAAGAGGGGAGAGGGUGAUGUUGCUGGUGGGGUGGACAUGGUGAGCAGUAGGGGAGAGGGAGUCUCUGUUUUAGCAGCUCGUCUCCUCCUGUAAAGUUAUGCCAGCGUCAGGUCAGGCCAUUGAACCAGGGGGGUGACAGACUACCCCGUAACCCAGCAACAACGUUUCUGUCACUCCUGUUUUUGUCUUGGACCCCACCAGACCCCCCAGUGUGUAUGGGAACAGUGUGUGUAGCCGACCAGGGUAUGUGUUGUGGGAUGUCAGAUUAAUGUGACGUGUUAAUGAAAGGGGGCCGGGGGGAGGGGGAGGGAUUUGAACUUGUUGCUGCGGUCACAUCUUGGCAGGGGGUUGGGUUAGCAGACUGCCUCUGUCCAGCCUCUACCGUGCUCCUCUCUGCUCCUCCUAGCUGUAACAGUGUGCUAUGCUCUGGGAGGAGGAGGAGGAGGAGGAGGAGGAGGGAGGAGGAGGAGGGGGAGGAGGAGGAGAGAGGAGAGGAGGAGGAGGAGGGUUAAUUCCCCCUGGUUGCCAGGGUGUUGCCAGCUGAGGAAACCAAGAGGAGAUGAGGGGAGAAGAGGGCCAAGCCUCUGAUCAUCUGAUCCCCCGCCUCUCUCUCUCUCUUCCUCUCUCUCCUGAGUCCUCUGUCACUCCUUCUGUCCGUCCGUGUGUCCUCGCUAGGACGCUGACCUCAGGAUGAACCCUACUAGUGAUGUCCUCUAGGACGCUGACCUCAGGAUGAACCCUACUAGUGAUGUCCUCUGGGACGCUGACCUCAGGAGAGAGGAGCCGACCUGGUUCUAACAGGUGCCCUUUGUCCUGAUCCCGUCCAAACCUUUUGACAGCUGUAGAUGUUUAAAAGACUCAUUGUGAUCAGAUCUUCCUGACCACCUCCGGAGGUAGUCGGACACACAUUGUAAACAGAUCUCGAUAAAUACAUUCAUAUUAUUUUUUUAAAUAAUAUCUGUCAAACAAUUAGCAUACAGGGAGGGACCAGGAUAUCUGGUCACAAUGCGGACACAGUGGACGGAUAGGGGACACAUUUUAAUACCAGGUACAACAGCUACAAUGUGGGCCCAAUCAGAAAGAGAGAGAGAGAGGACGCAUGUUAGCACCAGGUAUAAACGAGGCUUCUGUGUGACAUAAGAACCUCUGUGAGGGAAAGAGAGUGAGAGGGAGGGGGAUGAGGCAAAGAAAGGAGAGAGGGAGAGAAGGAGAGAAGGAGAGAAGGAGAGGAAAGGAGAGGGAGAGGGAGAGGGGAGAGAAGGAGAUGGAAGAAGGGGGAAGGGGAGAGGGAGAGAAGGAGUGAGAAGGGGGAGAAGGAGAGAAGGAGGAGGGGAGAGAAGGAGGGGAGGGGAGAGAGGGAGAGAAGGACGGAAGAAGGAGAGAAGGAGGGAAGGAAGAGGGGGAAGGGGAGGAGGAGGGAGAGAGGGGGAGAGACGGGAAGGGCAGAGAAGGGGAGAGAAGGAAGAAGGGAGCAGAAUUGAGAGAGGAAAGAGAGAAGGAGGAGAAAGGAAGACGAAAGGAGAAAAGGGAGAGGAGAGGAGAGACAGGAGCGGAGGGAGAGAAAGGAGAGGAAGGAGAGAAGGAGAGAAGGAGAGGGAGAGAAGGAGAGAGGGAAGGAGAAGGAGAGAGGAGAGAAGGAGAGAGAAGGGAGAGGGGGGGAGAGAAGGAGAGAGGGAGAGAAGGAGAUAAGGAGAGAAGGAGAGAAGGAGAGGAGGGAGAGAAGGAGAGAAGGAGAGAGGGGGCGAGAAAGGAGAGACGGAGGAGAAGGGGGAGAGGGAGACGGAGGGCAUUUGAAAUUCAAGGGAAAGAGGAACUGGAGAAGGGUGGAGAUAGAGGGAGAAAGGAAACAGUAACACAGUGGAAUAGAUAAAUGAGACUUUAGGAGGUAACACAUGUUGUGUUUGAGGAGGGGAAAGACUAGAGGGAGUAGCACCCUAUUCCCUAUAUAGUACACUACUUUAGACCAGAGCCCUAUGGCACCCUAUUCCCUAUAUAGUGCACUACUUUAGACCAGAGCCCUAUGACACCCUAUCCCCUAUAUAGUACACUACUUUAGACAGAGCCCUAUGACACCCUAUUCCAUAUAUAGUGCACUACUUUAGACCCCAGGCCCUAUGACACCCUAGUCCCUAUAUAGUGCACUACUUUAGACCAGAGCCCUAUGACACCCUAUUCCCUAUAUAGUGCACUAAUUUAGACCAGAGCCCUAUGACACCCUAUUCCCUAUAUAGUACACUACUUUAGACCAGAGCCCUAUGACACCCUAUUCCAUAUAUAGUGCACUACUUUAGACCAGAGCCCUAUGGACACCCUAUUCCCUAUAUAGUGCACUACUUUAGACCAGAGCCCUAUGACACCCUAUUCCCUAUAUAGUGCACUACUUUAGACCAGAGCCCUAUGACACCCUAUUCCCUAUAUAGUGCACUACUUUAGACCAGAGCCCUAUGACACCCUAUUCCCUAUAUAGUACACUACUUUAGACCAGAGCCCUAUGACACCCUAUUCCCUAUAUAGUACACUACUUUAGACCAGAGCCCUAUGACACCCUAUUCCCUAUAUAGUACACUACUUUAGACCAGAGCCCUAUGACACCCUAUUCCCUAUAUAGUGCACUACUUUAGACCGGAGCCCUAUGACACCCUAUUCCCUAUAUAGUGCACUACUUUAGACCAAAGCUCUAUGGCACCCUAUUCCCUAUAUAGUGCACUACUUUUGACCAGAGCCCUAUGACACCCUAUUCCCUAUAUAGUGCACUACUUUUGACCAGAGCCCUAUGGCACCCUAUUCCCUAUAUAGUACACUACUUUAGACCAGAGCCCUAUGGCACCCUAUUCCCUAUAUAGUACACUAAUUUAGACCAGAGCCCUAUGGCACCCUAUUCCCUAUAUAGUGCACUACUUUAGACCAGAGCCCUAUGGCACCCUAUUCCCUAUAUAGUGCACUACUUUUGAUGUACGGAAUAGGGUGCCAUUUGGGAUGCUGCCUAGGUAGUAACACAAAAUCUUUAGGUUCUAAAACUCCCAACACACAUCACCACUGAAUGUUCACGUAAUGUGGAUUGAUUGACAGAUCUGGGAUCAGAAAUCCAGAGGUUCAGGUGAUGUGGACUUUGGCGUCCUGCAGCAGCCCCAUGACUGCAAUAACCUCUGUUUCCUAAUGUUCAGUGUACACAGCAAACCCAACGAACCCUCCUCAGUCAAACAGGAGCAGGACUUUGCUUAUUGAAGCAUCUGUGUAGGGUUUGUGAACCCUUUCCGAUUGCUCUAUAAAGACUUUCUAACUUGCUGUUUGUUUGAAGUGGAGGCUGGUGAAGGGAGAAUGGAUGUAUUUUUCUUUAACCAGGAAAAUACCCUUAAGGGUAAUGAAUCUCUUUAACUAGGGGGUCAAGAGGUCAACAUUCAGAGGGCAGGCUGUAAUGGAUGUAUGGAAAGGUAUCAAAUACAUCCAGCAAAAAAACUAAUGUCUCUUCUCUGUCUAUGUCUUCUGUCUCUCUCUUUCUGUCUCUCUCGGGUAUUCUCUCUCUUCUCUCUUCUUCUCUCUCUUCUACUUCUCUCUCUCUUCCUCUAUCUCUCUCUCUUUCUCUCCUCCCUCUUUCUCUAUCGCUUCUCUCUCUCUUCUCGUUCUCUACUAGACAUCAUUCACCCUGUCCUGGGCCUGCUACCUCCUGGCCCGUCACCCUGAGGUCCAGCAGGAGAUCUACGAGGAGGUGACGAGGACUCUGGGACACGGGACCAUCCCCACCGCUGACGACGUCCCCCGUUUACCCCUCAUCAGAGGACUAGUGAAGGAGACACUCAGGUACACCAGCACACACACAGGCAUGGACACACACACACACACACGCACGCACACACACACACACACACACACACACAGCACACACGCACACACGCACACACACACACCACACAACAAACACACGCAUACACACAACGCACACACACACACAACACCACACACACAACACACACACACACACACACACACAGGCAUGGACACACACACACACACACACACACACGCGCCACACGCGCACACACACGCACGCACGCGCACACGCACACUCACACGCACACUCACACAAGUUCCAAAAAUAAAAAAUUUCAAAGUCAUUUAGUGAAAAUACUUACUCUCUCUCUCUUAACUCUCAUUCUCUCCUCUCUCUCGGAGACGAAACGGUAAGAGCCAAGGGCCAAGAAACACGGUGAAGAGCAAAAGAAAGAGAACGCCCCCCCACCCCCCACCCACCCCCCCCCUCCCCCCCCUUCCCCCAGAAAAUAAAUGUUGCCAGGAGCGGAACGGAAACAUGGUUGGGGUACUACCCAAAAGGAAGGGUUACAAAGUAUACAAAACCCAAAACUUCCAGACGAAGCAGAAAACAUACAAAAAAAGAACCACACAACACGACACACCAACCCAGCACAACCCACACACUAACCCCCAAAAGUUAAUGAUAUCUGCAGGUAGAUGGCGUACUUUAAUGAUCCAAUCUUUACGGAUGACCUGGUGGGUGUGGUUACUUCAUUCCCCAAAGGUCGUAAAGUGUGUUCUAUCUCGCUUGUCUACCAGGGUAAUGAUGUUGCCCCAGCAAAGUCUUCCAAAGGGAGCGUUAGAGCAGAACAACCAUCUAAAGCGGAAAGAACAGAUGAGACAUUAAGACUGAACCAACUCCAACAAGAAUGAUCUCACAUCAGCCGACGGAAGAAGAGAGCAAGAAGCACGAGAAGAGAAGGAAGAGAAGAGAAGCAGAGAAGAGAGAAGAGAGCGAAGAGAAAGAGCCGAAGCAAGAAGAGAGAAGACAGAGAAGAGAAGAAGAUAGAGAAGAGACAGAGAGCAGAAAGAGACGAAGCGACGAAGAAGAGAAGAAGAAGAGAAGAAGAAGAGCAGAAGAGAGAAGAAGAGGCCGAGAGAAGCGAAGCGAAGACAGAAGGAUGAGAAGAGACGAAGACGAAAUCGCCGCGCAGCAGCAUCAUCACCGCCGAUAGAUCCUCAUCUCCUAUCGCCGCUAUAAGACGACCUAGCAUCAUCUUCCCUAUCCUCCUCUCCUCCUCUCCUCUUCUCCUCAGACCCAGUUGGCUCUGUGUCACUACUCUACCUCCAUGGACCAGGACAAUUUCCCCGGAGCUGAUGACUUCCGUCCGGACCGCUGGAUCAGGAAGGACGCUACGGACCGGGUGGAUAACUUCGGCUCCAUCCCGUUCGGCUACGGCAUCAGGAGCUGCAUCGGCAGGAGGAUAGCUGAACUGGAGAUGCACCUGGCUCUUACACAGGUGGGGAAACCUCACACAGACACGCACACACACGCACACACACACACACACACACACACACACACACACACACACACACACACACACAUACGCACGCACACACACACACACACACACACACACACACACACACACACACACACACACACGCACGCACACACACACACACACACACACAUACGCACGCACAUACAGUUUCUUGGUUGAUCUUGAUCCCUUCUCAAAUAGACAAUACAUUUUCAAAUCUGUUUCUCUAACACGGUUUCUCCGUCGUUCCCAAAAUGAAAGGUCUCUACGUGAGUUAGUCUUCCUCCCAAACUAUGUAGGGAAUAGGAUGCCAUUUGGGACGCAGGGUUUAGUGUGCUCCUGAGGUUAAUACCUGUUGUGUUUUUUCUCUUCUCCUCCCAGCUGAUCCUGAGGUUAAUACCUGUUGUGUUUUUUCUCUUCUCCUCCCAGCUGAUCCAGAGGUUCCAGAUUGGGGUGUGUCCCUUCACAGAAGAAGUCAAAGCCAAAACCCACGGCCUCCUCUGUCCUGCUGCGCCCAUCAACCUGCAGUUUACUGACAGACAACCAUAG